UCUGCAUGUCACACCUCACUUCAGGCACAGCCUUCCAUGCAGGGAGCCAACCUCUCAGCAGUGACUGAAUUCAUCCUCAUCGGCUUCUCCACCUUCCCCCACCUCCAGCUGAUGUUCUUCCUGCUCUUCCUGCUCAUGUACCUGUUCACGCUGCUGGGCAACCUGCUCAUCAUGGCCACCAUCUGGAGGGAGUGCAGCCUCCACACCCCCAUGUACCUCUUCCUGUGCGCCCUCUCCAUCUCUGAGAUCCUCUGCACCUUUGCCAUCAUCCCGCGCAUGCUGGCCGACCUGCUCUCCACCCACCGCUCCAUCUCCUUCAUGGCCUGUGCCAGCCAGAUGUUCUUCUCCUUCAAGUUCGGAUUCACCCACUCCUUCCUGCUCACCGUCAUGGGCUAUGACCGCUAUGUGGCCAUCUGCCACCCCCGCGCUACAAGGUGCUCACGGAGCUGA